AUGGCUGCAAGUGGAAAAAUUCCUCACGAUUUGUGGCCAGAAAUCAAUCGCGCUGCAGUCUAUCUUUUCAAUCGCACCCCAAGGUACGAAUCGAACUGGAAAACGCCAUACGAGGUUUUUCACACCUAUCUUGCGCUUCAAAAUGGCAAAGUUUUUGAAGAUAUGAAGCCAAAUCAAGCACAUCUGAGAGUCUACGGUUGCAAGGCCUAUUCGCUUACAACAAAAUAUAUGAAGAAAGAAAAGAGGCUUCAAAGAUAUCACCCCAAGGCCUGGAUAGGCUAUCUAGUUGGAUAUGACUCUACGAAUAUCUUCCGGAUAUGGAACCCGAAACUAGGAGUCGUCGUCAGUGCGCGUGACGUUAUUUUCAACGAAGAUGAAGUUUUUGAUGGAAAUUUGGAUAAGCUUCGCAAUGACCUUGCUACCACUACAAUUGAUGAGAUUGCUGAAUUACUUAAUAGUGUCCAUAUUCAAAAUGAUAAGCUUCAAAGUGCUACGGUUGGAGGACCUUCCUGGACGCAGGAAGACGAGCCCAACUCGUAUAACAAUGAAGAGAGCCUCGAGCCCCGGUUAACCACUGGAGAUGCCCAAAAUGAGGAUAUCAACCUACGGGUUGAAGGAAGAGGACCACCCGGUGCGCCGUCUGCAGCGGAUAUCGACGCCGAAGUCCCCUUCCAAGAUAGAGCUCCCGAAUCAGGUCAGAGCCUAUCUCAUGCUCCCGCUACAGGUUUGAGCCAAAAUGAAGCUCCCGCUACAGGUCAGAGCGUAUAUAGAGCUCCCGAAUCAGGUCAGAGCCUAUCUCCAGCUCCCGCUACAGGUCAGAGCACAAAUCUCGCUCCCGAAUCAGGUCAGAGCUUAGAGAAGGAUAUUAUUUAUCCAACACCACCGGACUCACCUCCGGCGGUGCUUAUGAGCGCUACGAUACAGAAUCCGGUUAAAGAUGAAUUGAAUAGAAUCAAUUAUCUUGAUUCGGGCUGUAGAGAAGCCGUUGCGUGGGAAGCAGCGUUUACCGCAGGCACCUCUCACAAGAUAUACGGAUCACUUAAUGGAAAGCCCUUCAACCGUUCAUCCUUGAGACGUGCCUUACGCUCGACAACUGGCUUACAGUCUUUCUUUAUGGGUAAGAGGCCUGCAGCUAGUGCGCGUAUAAAGGACGUUCUGGAAAGCGGAAAGGAGCUCAUUAAUUUACACCGGAAUAUGUUACCCGCGCCUCCAAAGGGGCAUGGAGAGUUAAAAACUCAUGAACUUGGAGCACUAUUCUCAGAGGCUGAGAAGGAACACUUACGCAGCCACCAACCCACCAAAUCGUGGUCAAAGGUGCCAUAUUCUUAUGCAAAGGAAGGCAGGCUCCUUAAGUGCAAGGCGCGCCUAGUCGUACGUGGGGAUCAACAAGUUGGCCUCAACCAAGGUGAUACGUACGCUGCAACGCUUGCUGCAAGGUCAUUCCGCACCUUUAUGGCUAUCGCCGCUCGCUUCGAUUUGGAAAUGGCUCAAUAUGAUGCCGUGAAUGCCUUCGUUCAUGCCCCGAUUCAAGAAACGGAAUACACCAUUACUGGAGGAGAAGAGCUCCAAUGGUUUUUAGGAAUCCGCGUUAUAAGAGACCGCGAGAAGAAGCUCAUAUGGCUAAGUCAAGCUUCAUAUAUUGAUAAGAUUGCAAAGCUUGCUGACACGUUCCCAAUUCAUGAUACACCAAUGGCAAAAGAUGAGCUUCUUCCCUAUACAGGACGAGCAAGUCAUGCUACUAUUCACAGUUAUCAACGCAAAGUCGGAUCUCUAAUGUACGCCGCCGUCAGUACGCGCCUCGAUAUUGCCUUCGCCGUAUCCCGGUUAUCUCGUUUCCUCACAAACCCGUCACCUACACACCACCGAGCCGCAGACCGAGUAUUGUUAUAUCUCCAAAGCUACCGGCACCUUGCUCUUCAACUCGGGGGUGGGGAUGGAUUCGUGGUUGCUAGUGACGCCUCAUUCGCCGAUAAUACCCUCGAUCGCAAGAGCUCUCAGGCGUACGUGAUGACGCUGUAUGGAGGAAUAACAGGGUGGCAAGCGAAUAAACAAAAUACGGUUACAACAUCAACUACAGAGGCAGAAUUGUUAGCGCUAUCUCAGGCAGCAAAAGAAGGCAUGUACGUUAUGCACCUACUGAAGGAAUUGGACGUCAAAUUGGAGACCCCCCGACUGCAUCUCGAAUGCGAUAAUAAGCAGACAAUAAGCCUCAUUGAGAAGGAUAUCGUCACCCUGAAAACGAAGCUUCGCCACGUGGAUAUUCACCACCACUGGCUACGGGAACAAUUCCAGGAAGGACGCGUAGAGCUCACCUACGUGCCUACAAAGAAGAUGAUUGCAAAUGGCCUCACAAAGGCGCUACCGAAAGGAGAAUUUGACGCGUUUUUGGAGCAGAUAAAGAUGACUGAUAUAUCAAGAUAUCUCCACGAGCAAAAGGAGGAUACGCAGGAAGUUGAUAUGGGCACCGUGCUCAAUUGCUUGCAGAUAUGA